CCCGAGCCUAGCUCGAGCCCUGGACCGAGGUUCAACCCAAAAGGAAAUCAAAAACUCCGGCGGCUGCGCGCGACCCAAAAUAACGAAAUUCAAGCUCACCUGAAGAGAGAGCAAGAAACCCCGAGAAACAGAGGAGCCUGCGUCUUCAUCGUCUGGCUGAUUUUGAAAAGCGAAUCAUGGCGGGAGGGAAUUUCAUGCACAGAGUUAUAUCCUACGUCGUCAAUGAACUUGUCGUUGAUAGACUAGCAAACAGUCCUGCCUUCCAGAGGUUUGCCGUCAGGACAUCAAAGAAGAUUGAGGAUAUUUCCAGUAUGGCUGAGCAGAAGAGGCAAGAACUUGCUGAACAGAUGAAAGAAAUCACGAAAAAUAUUGAUUCUAAGAACCAUUGAUGCGGUGGAUAUGCUAGUGCUUCCAAUUUGUGUGACUGUCGUUGAUAAUCUAGCUCGCU